CGAAAAGGUUGCCACAGUUGCCAGUGGUGGGGAGGACAGAUGACGCUGACGGAGGAGCUGAGGAAGGCAAGCGAGUUGACGACAACGCGUGAUGAGGUGCCACCUGACGAGUUGGCGGCAGAGAUCGACACGCCGUUCGACUUGGUUGAUGCCAUUGAGAAGCACAAUCCGACGUCUCUGAGUGACGCGAUCGCGGCAACAUAUGUGACUAACGAGACCGACGGCGAACGGCAAUGGAGCCAAACGAUUUUGUUCUUGGAAGAAGCGUUGGCGAUCGCAAAGCACAAACAUGAAGUGGCAGCGCGGUCGAAAGGCGCCGACAUCAGCAACUCGGCGCUGGUCACAUUGUGCAAAGUGCCGACCAUUGUGCCAAAAGGCAAGGCGCUCGACAUUGUGUUUGGCGAGACCGACCUCGUCAUCCAAGGAAAAGAUUUCAACUUGUCGACGCCCUACAGCAACAUUGACGUGGUGCUCAAACUGCCUGAAUAUGAGGCGGUCGCGAAGCUCACCGCGCACAAGUACCAGUUCAUCCUGCGCCUUAAAACCCCCGUGACACACAAGAAAAACCGACUGUCGUACUUGUCGUUUGUGCUGGGAUGCUUCGCCGAGCAAAGCGAUGCGAACGUGGUGUUUCACGUGGACGAGGCGGCGGAGGAUUUCACCGACAAGAAGCUGCAUGAAAUCGCCGAGAUGCUACUGCAGUCGCUGACGUCGAUGACCGUCAUCAAGACGUACCCUGAGGUGUCGGGGAAGCGCUACGUGAGCACGUCGGGGGCACCCUACGUGAAGUGCUACCGACGGACGAGUCCCGGCAUCCUGUUCUUCUUGCCGCAAGGUCUGUGCUUCGUCAACCCGCCGGUGUUCCUCAGUCGGCAAGAAAUCGAUUCGAUCUCGUGGAGCCGCGAGACGUCCGAGGCGCUGCGGACAUUUGACGUGACGGUCGAGAUGGUCGAUGGCCAGCGGUACGAGUUUUCGAUGCUGGAAAAGGAAGAAAUCCCGAGCAUCACCGAAUUUGUCGGGUUUUUCAAGACUCUGCGCGACGAAGAUGAUGGAAUCGCCCCUGACGACGAUGCCGUGGAGAAUGGCGAGGACAUGGAAGACGACGAGGGCGAGCACACGGCGGACGACGGCUCGGACAAUGACCAGCCUCCUGCCAAGAAGAAAGCCAAGACGACAAAGAAUGCCAACGUGACGCACAAGAACGGCAAAGGCACCACGACACCAAUGGCUGCGCCGCCGGUCGAUGACGAUGAUGACGAGGCAGACUCGAAUUAUGAACAAGAUGACGACGAUGGCGAGAGUGAAGAAGAUGAAUGGGUCGGCAGCGAAAGCUGCAGCGACCGCGCCAUGGACAGUGACGACAGCGGUGGCAGUGACGUAAAUGAAGACUCGGAUUGAACGUGUGCGAACGGUUUUAAUUUGGAAUGUGCCAUUGUGUGAUGACCCUCGACACUCAAGCAUCUCGCCGGGGAUGCGAACUGGUGCUCGGGACCUAGGACAACAUACUGUUGAUUCACGCGUUUGCCUCACUUCUCUUCUGCCCUCAUGGCCUAGGAAUCGCGUUGAGAAAUCGGAUGUCCCAAGUCUCAUUGGGUCCAUUCCUUGGCUCCUGUCGCCGACGAGUUUGCAAGGUGCGCUCGCGCCCCGCGGCAAUGAACUGUCUGCAUAUCACUGUGGAGCACCAUUCCAGUUACCGGUGGUGACUGCGAGCACUGGCACUCAUGUGCUCACCCUCGUCGUGUUAGGUGAAUGAUGCCUCACCUCGCUGUCGCUCAUGCAACGUAUCAUACCACCGUACAAUUUGGAGGCCACUCGCGGUACCUUGUCCAGGACAUUCCCGUUGCGUUCCUCGAGCCUGCAACUCCAUCGUGGGUGCGCGCCUUGCAGUACGCGUCGGCAACUUCUCUCGUUCCUCGCUAAUGUAAGUGGAUGACGCCCUUCCUCUGGAUGCGCACAGAGACACGUUGUCGCUGCGGCGGCGCCUUGUUCAUGGGCGACGCUUCCUUCGGGAUACUGCAAUGACUUCCAUCCCUGCACAACGAUACAAACUCCAAGUAUAAUUCGCACCUUCAAUGAAAAUCAAUGUUGG